CCAAAGCAGGCGACCUCCGUAGCAGCAGCUCCACACAAGUUACACUUUGGACUAGGGCAUCAAGCUAUCUUAAUUUUCACUAAGUUGUUUCUAUUUUCUUAGAUUUAACCUUAACCACAGCUCAUCUUCAUUUACUUCGGGUGUGUUAAUGGUCGGCCCUCCAGGGACGGGGAAAACCAUGCUAGCCAAAGCUGUGGCCACAGAAUGUGGAACCACUUUCUUCAAUGUGUCCUCCUCCACCUUGACCUCCAAGUACAGGGGCGAGUCGGAAAAACUUGUCCAUCUGCUAUUUGAAAUGAUAACAGGAGCUAUCCUGCUGGCGGUGGGAGUAUGGGGGAAGCUGAUGCUGGGCCCGUACAUCUCUCUGAUAGCCGACAACUCCACCAACGCCCCGUAUGUCCUCAUUGGCACCGGGACCGUCAUCAUUGUUUUUGGCCUGUUUGGAUGCUUCGCCACCUGCAGAGGAAGCCCAUGGAUGCUAAAGCUGUAUGCCAUGUUUCUGUCACUUGUCUUCCUCGCUGAGUUAGUGGCCGGCAUCUCUGGAUUUGUGUUUCGCCACGAGAUAAAGGGAACCUUCCGCAGAACAUACUCUGAUGCGGUGAAGUAUUAUAAUGCUGAGGAUGAGGCGAGCCGUGCUGUCGAUGAAUUGCAGCGCAAGCUGCGUUGCUGUGGAGUUUAUAACUACACCAGUUGGUUUGAGAGCGUGUAUUAUCCGUCCAAUGGCAUUCCUGCCAGCUGCUGCUUCAACUCCACUGACUGCAACCAACAAGACCUUCGCAAUGCGACUGUAGCCCCGAGCAAGGUGUACCACCAGGGCUGCUUUGAGUUGGUCACUUCUUUCAUGGAAACCAACAUGGCCAUUAUUGCAGGAGUGACGUUUGGGAUCGCGUUCUCGCAGCUGAUUGGCAUGCUGUUGGCCUGCUGUCUGUCCAGGAUCAUCACAGCCAAUCAGUAUGAGAUGGUGUAGCUGAUGUGACAUGGCAGGGGGGUGAAGAGAAUCAGAGACGAAGAGUUUUGACACACGCCCAGAGUAAAUUCCCGAAACACUAUCCGACGUCCGAAUUGGAAUUUACGUUCCUCCGUCUCUCUGCCUGUGAUCUUAAUGUAAUAUCUUAAUGUAUCUUACUGUAAAGCACAAUUCCAUGACUCACUGCAGUUGCACCACUGCUUUCUAUACCACACGUUCCAUCGCAGCUUGAUGUAGAAGUUGCUCAUUAGCGCGUAUCUCGGAUCAGUGCGGCCCACGCCAAGCAGGUAGACCAGAGUUGUCUGAGUGGACAGCAGUGUUGGUCUCAGGUAGAUGAGCGGGCUCAGACUUCUCAGUUGGUUGCAGCAUGCAUUAGAAGACCACUGCACAUGUUUGUACAGAAUUACUUUACUAAAGCUUGAACGUAAUCCUUUACUAGAUAGGUUCAGUUUUGCAUUCAACUUUGCUGUCGCUCACCCUUGUAUAUUCCUUUGGUUGUGGCACUUUGUGCACUGAUUACAUGUGCUAAGGGGGAUGCUUUAAGCUUAUAUAAAAAUAAGGAAGCUGACAAAGAAUGGGAAAGAGGUGAGUUGUUGUAGAGUAUUUUUUAACCUUAAGACAAAACUUGAUAUGUUUUCCUUUGUCCAAAAUAACAUAUUUAGGUAAAUUUAAAAAAUUAAUGGCAAAGGUUUAAUAUCAUUUUAAAGCUUUAGUCUGGGAUUAAAGUAAAAGAACACAACUACCAAAUGUGAACCUUCUUCAGAUAACUUCAAAUAACAGCCAACUUGACAUAAUUAUACAGUCCAUGAUUAGUUUUACGGGGGAAAACUUCAACUUCCUGUGAGGAGUCAUCAAAGGCACGAGUGUUUCAGUUGCUCUAAGUUUAACAAGUAUGGAGGGCCAUACUUGUUAAACUUAGAGAGAGGGGUGAGAUGAAGUAAAUACAAAAAAUGAAAAUUUAAAAAAUGGUCCAGACUUUCAGGCAGGCACAUUUAGAGCAUUGCAGCUGAGGUGAAGAACAGCUGGAAAACAGGAUGAAAGUUGCCUGCAAGGUGAAACAAGCACUUAUAUGAAGCAUACUGACACUUUAGUGAUGUUUUAGUACUCGUGUUUGUGUUUCUAUGUAGAAAUUACUGUCAGGAUUUAACUUCUUUUGCUUCGUUCUAGUGGUUAAGAGUUAGCAAAGCAACGCUUUACAGCUGGCAAGCAUGUCAAAUCAUUAGGAUCGCAAAUUGUUUUCUACUGGUUUGAUCUAAUGUCAGCGGUCUGCUGCAGCAAGAGGUUUCAGUGUUAGCAGGACGCACAUGUUCAUCUGCUGUAAUCUGUGUGGUGCACCAACAUGCUUAAUCAUCAUCAUCAUCAUCUGUAGAUAUGUAUUGGAAAUGUAAUUUAUAUGACAUACGGUUUCUCAUUCUAAUAUGCUAAUCAGUAUAAAUGUUGUGUCACCGUUUUGAAUCCACACUUUGUGCUGUAUUUGUUUCAUAGUUUAUAGGAAACCUGCACUGAAAAAAAAGGAAAAAAAAAAUGAAUUGUGGCCGAUGUUUCGUUGAGAGUAACGCGCAGUUUAGCUGUAUAUUUAUUAUAGUUUGGUUGGCAUUCGGUUUACACUUUCACCAAGUGGUUUUCUAUCUCUCUUUCUGUGUGUGUGUGUGUGAGCGUGUGAGAUUUAGUUUCUCCGUAGCUGUCUCCGUAACCUCGAGUGUGUGUAAGUGAGAGAGUGAGAGCGUCUAGACUUUGUGGAUCUUGUUGUAUUCGGUUUUGGUCAGUAUUUGGAUGUGGCUUCUCAAAGCUUGUUGCUUUUGAAACUGCAUAUUUAUUUAGUGAAUGUAUGUUUUACAACACCCUUAAACUUAUUUUACCUUCUCUGAACUGAUAUUGUCCUGUAAAUACUAAAUUGUAAUACCAUCCUGCUUACACAUGGGGUCACUAGACUCCCAAGAAGAACUGCACCAUGCUGUCUACUAUUGACUAAGUCACCAUCAGUGGUCUUAUUAUCAAUAAAUAUACAGAAUAACA